AUGAUGACUUUUCCAAAAACCGAAGCUAGUCGACUUAAUUCGAGUUUGCCAACUUUACAACCAAUGGAUUUUGUUAAAGGGAUAUUACUCUUGAUGAGAGACUCCAACAUGAUGGCUUUUUUUAUGACUCUGCAGCACUUUGAUCAGCAAAAAUACAAAGGUCUUCACCCCAUUUCUCCUGAAGAUCCAAACAGUACGACUUUAAUUCAUGGAGAAGUACCAGGCUUUAUAUGUAGUGAUGGGUUGCAAGUCGUUGCCCAUGAAAUUCUGGGUCAAAGCAUAGGACUAUGA